AUGGCAUCCGAUACUACGGAAAACCCCAUAAUGUUCAACGACAACAAGCUACUUCAAAACAGCGACGCACCAGUUGAAAGUAACGAGGAACCGGCUGAGAGUAGCGAUGCAAUAGCCGAGAGAAGCGACUCAACCGAUCAAGAGAUUGUUGCAAACUUCUUCCAUUAUAUCGCCGAAAAACAAGUUGAUGUGGUAUCGAACAUCAUUGCCAAUGGAUUUGUCUCUCCGGAUACACCAAAUGAUCGAGGCGAAACACCCCUCAUAAAAGCCGUCAGCAACAAUGACGCAGCCAUGGUACGCCUUCUGGUGUCUCUUGGAGCAACAAUCGAUGGAUACGGCUCCUACUUUCAUGAUGAAGAGGACCAUCAGACAAAAGUUCAGCGAACUCCUCUCCAAGUUGCAGCCGCUGAAGGCAAGCUUGGCAUAGUCAAGAUACUGCGCGAGCUCGGUGCCGACGACUCGCUCAUCGCUCCAGAUGGUGCAAUGGCCCUUCGAUUAGCUGCUGAAAAUGGCCAUCGAGAAGUAGUUGAUCUUCUCCCAACUCGACGCGGCGGUGCUUGGAAAAGAUGGAAAGUGACGCACGAGAAACAGAUGCGGCGCAUCCGCCGUAUCUUGGAGAAGAUUGGUUCGGUCUUCAAGUUUCUCUUCUGGGCUGUCCCCAAGUUUCUUCUCUGGACAGUUCCGAAGCAUAUCGUUACGACUGUGCCCAAGGCUAUUUUUGUGACUAUGCCAAAGGAAAUUUGGCAACGUCGGCACAAGAUUGGGCCUUUUGUCAAGCGGCAAAUCACCAAGUUUCCCAGCCGCGUGAAGAAAGCGGCCAAACUUGCCGGUGAGGGGAUGAAAGGCGCAGGGAAAGCCAUCCAAAAGGUGCCGGGAAAGAUAUGGCAGAUCUUAAAGCGCAUUCCUGGAGCUUUAUGGACAAUUAUAUCAUGGAUCGGCGAAGGGCUUGGCAAGGUUGGCGCCGCAGUUUUUAAUAUCCUAAAGCAAAUAGCUUCCUUGAUUCAUACAACGAUUCAAGCUGUGGUGGGAUUCUUUCGGGCCAUCACCCUGCAUGAUAUUGCCAAUGGUUUCCGGGCCAUUCUCCGGGCGAUAUUCAUCGAUUUUCCAAAAGCUGCUGCAUACUUUGCCACGACUUUUGGAAAGACAAGUCUUAAAGUGCUGGGGUACGUGCUGGGCUCCUUUGGAAAGGGAAUUUUCUAUGCCUUUGCUCUGGUAUUCUUGCUGCUUCGCUGGCUUCCUACGAAGAUCUGGCAGAUGCUCGUGGCCUGUGGAGUUUCGAUCGGGAAGGGAGUAGAGGAGUUGUUGGUAUGGAUAAAUCCAAAGAGGAUGUAA